ACCAUCGUCUCAACUCCUGGAAGAAUCAACAAGUCAGAGGCUCCAUCAUCCUCUUGUCUCGGGGAUAAACGUCUGUCGUCGCGGCGCGCAAUCGUCACGGCUAUCAUUAUUGUCGCUGGUAGGAUCGAUAGACCCCCCGCAGCCCCGUUCAUUGUUCAAAUCCGUUGUAGCUUCUAGCAUCGCCGCAUAGGUGAGCGGGAGAGCCUAUCCGGCCUGGAUGAAGACUCCACGGCUUCCAGACGUGGCCGAUCCAUGCACUCACCCGACCCGUUCUUCACAACAGCUUCUGAGGAUGAGCGGGUUGGGAUGUGAAUGUGUUGUGGGUGAAGAAUUGCGUGGGGGAAGGCCUUAGGAGCGGUGGUGUACCGUGUCUCGAUCUCCAGAGCCUGCGUAGUUUGGCGCAGUUUUAGAUUGUCCUGUUGUUGAAGAGUCGGAAGGAUGUGUGGUUGAUUGCGGGUAGAAGAGGAUUUCCGGUAGCAGGAGGUGCGGAGGUGGAGGUGGUGGUGGGGAGCGAGAAUUUUUUUGAGUCGGGAAUGGUGUUCAAUGUGGCUGCUCUCUUGGAGGUGGUCGGGUGGGCGUUGUAUGUGUGUCAAGUAUUGGCUUGUAAUCCCGACAUUUUGGAGCGGAAUGAGGUCAUUGAUCUCCUUUGCUGCGUCCCAUAUCAUCUCAUGACUAGGGCGUUUACAUCAGUGUUGACCUCUGUGAGAUUUAGGCUUGCCACUCAUCUCGAAUGACUGGUGGGUAGUUUUCUCUUCCGCUAGGGUUUAUGCGGAAAGAACGUAUAUUUUUGGGCGGAUUAUCUACAGAGUCACAGCAGAAAUGAGAUUUGCCGACAGUGAUUACGGCAGCGACGAUCCUGGGAACAGCGACAUAUCGGAUGAUGUUCAUUAUGAGGCUUCGCUUCUUAAUCGAAGUUCUGAUUACACAAGGCCCCGUCCUCGGUUUUCCAGAUUCAUAGUGGACCAAGGAGGCCUCGUGUUUCUAGAGGGAGAAAGAGUGAUGCAUCUUCUUGAAGUUGACAGCUUGGUGCCAUCUCCUUUAUAUGACUGUUCUUGGGAUAACUGCCAAGUCAAUGAUUAUCCGAGAAAUCUAAUUUAUGUUGUAGGCCAAAACUACGUCCAGGGGACUUUACUGAAGCAGCAACCUCCGAUGUUGACAAGAGUGAAGAAUCUUGACCAGCGAUUUGCUUUCGUGAUAAUUUUCAGGGGUGCACAGGAGAAAGGAAAUGUCUCUGAAAAUUUGACUCAGUCCAGUUCACAGCUGAAGACGUGUGUUGAACACAAAAAUGCAUUCAGCUCUGUCUCUCGUUCAGGGAAGCCUAUUUAUGAGUAACUAUUUACAGUUUGAAGCUUGUGUGCUCCUAUUCCAUGUGCAUGUUUAGACUAUUUCCCAAGCUACUAUACUGCCAGUGACUUGGUGACUUACACCGAUGUUUCGGCGACAUCACGUGUUGAUGUAGCGAGGGAAAUCUCUACAACCGUGGAACUGGAAGGUAUUGGAAGCAGCACUUCGAAGAAUAAGAUGACGUGCGAUGUGCAGCUUUCGAGCGGAGGGGCGAAGAAACAUAAACCUUGCCUUUCAGCUUGUGCACUACAAGGGCUUGCGGCUACAUCCCUUUGUUCUGGUCCAUAAUCUUUCUGCUACGCUGACAGGGGUUGGUCUAAGUAUUGACAUCUGAAUGAAUCUCAUUUGUUUCAGUGUAUGCAGUGGUGAUUCAUCUUGAUCUGGAGCAUGCGUGCUGGAAAAUCUUAUCGAGGGCAGACUAGUGAAGUUUGUGUCAGUGUUUUAUGAUAAUGUCACAACCUACGACUUCGAUGCUACUUCAUUUCCGAGUCUGUUGUGGAAAAUCAUGAUCAAUUCCUAAAAGUUUAUUAUGCGAAGAUAUGCCAAAGAAUCCGUUAAUGUAUUGCUGGGCAAAUGGGUAUCUUAUAGGUUUUUUGUCUUCAGAAUCUUGUACAUUCUACCUUCUCUUAAUUCUACAUGUUGCUUCUCAAACUCACUAGAGGUUCGAAGUGUCGCCAGGACCCACUUGAACUCUUUUUUGUAGUUUCUAAAGCUCAAUACACAGGUGGCGAGUUCUUAUUGCGACGCUUUGGUA